AUGCCGCGCAAACCACACAAAAAGUCCAGAAGAGGCUGUAAAGACUGCAAGAGACGCCACAUCAAGUGUGAUGAGAACCGGCCGGUGUGUGUCAACUGUGUAACAGCUGGUUUGCAAUGCGCCUUCUUGAGAGAACAGCAAACCCUCCUAAGCAAUGAUGAAGCUACAAUCGUCGGCAGUCCCGGAACGAGCGGAUCAGGAAGUUCUACGCGCAACAGCGGCCCAUGUGUCGAUGAAGGAUGGAGACCACAGCCUCCUGAUGUACCCCCUCCUUCCCCUCCUCCCUUCCCUCCAGCACAACAGCUUCAUUCACCUUUGAAAACCACCGAUCCGGACCUCAAUCUGGAUCACCUCGAACUGCUGCACCAUUUCUCCACCGUAACCUAUCAGACGUUGACUCCUGACCCAGCUCAGCAGCAAAUUUGGCAGUUGACGGCCAUCCAGUUAUCGCUUUCCUUUCCGUUCUUGAUGCAUGAGAUUCUGGCGAUUGCCGCAUUGCACUUGGCGCAAUGUAAACCGGAAAGGCGAAGCCACUAUUACACCAAGGCCACAGAACUUCAGAGUCAUGCUCUGAACGAGUUCAAGCAAGUCCGAGAGCACGUGGAGGCCUCCAACUGUGGUGCAAUCUUGAUCUUUGCAUGUCUGCUUGCACUUCACGUGCUUGCAGAUCCACCACGUCGUCAAGGUCUCAAUUUCAGCGAUUAUCUUGACCACUUCUUAGGCUGUAUCAACCUGAUGCGUGGUGUGCGUCACAUGGUGAUCUCAGACUGGUGGUCCUACCUCCACGAAUCUGAACUCAAGCCUCUACUCGUUGUAGAGCAACCCGAGAAGCCAUACAACAUACCGGAUGAGUGUCGUGACCUCACUGAGCUCACCACAAACUCUGACCUAGGACCUACGUCAAUCAAAGCAUAUGAUGUAGCGAUUGAGCGCUUGCACUGGAACUUUGCAGCCUCAGCUCUAGGUGAAGGAACGUCAUCGACGAUUAGAUUUGUGAUGGCAUGGCCUGUGCAACUAAAGGACGAUUACUUUGAGCUACUCAAUGAGCGUCGGCCGGAAGCCUUGAUCAUUCUGGCAUACUAUGGUGUUCUGCUGCACUUCUAUCGAUCAUCUUGGGCUAUAGGUGAUUCGGGUGCCUUUCUAAUCAGAGCAGUUGGUGCGCAUACUGGACCUCACUGGGGACGAUGGAUGGCCUGGCCGGAUCGAGUACUUAGAGGAUCUAGCAUGCAGCUUGAGUAA